AAGUGUUUGCACACCGCUGCAGCUGGCGUGCACCUGUGGGAAGACGCGAGCCAUCGGCAACAAGGCGUUCCCUGCCAGCGGAGCUCCCCGAGUCGAUCAAAGAAACUGAUCGGCACGCAUCCCCCUGGCCGGAUGAUGGUGUUCCACACAAAAUGGCACCUGUUGAACCAAAUAACCUGCCUGACGACACUGGCAUUCUGUAUGCUCGCCCCUGGUGUCAGGGGAGCCGCGACCACCGCCAUGGUUUCGGACGUCGAUUCUGGGAACUCCGUGAUGGAUGAUACUGUCUACUACAGUCACCGCCAGGGUGGCGGGUCUUUAACCACUUCCUCGACAGCGUCACCAAUGGAGACGUUGCUCAGGCCUCGAGCGAGUUCUAAAAGACGCCCUCGCAGGAAGUGGGCGCGAUAACCAGAAGCGCAAUGAGAGUGAGAGAGUGCUUCCGCAUCCGAGGAGCAUGUGCUUCUACCACAUAUCUAAAAAGUUUGUGGCGGUACGGUCGUUUCACGUCCAAGCGUCGGCGCUGGGUCGAGCUGUUUUGGCGACCGUGUUUCUCGCCACCAGCCUGCUCGCCGUCGCCUCCCUGUUCGCCAUGGUGUGGUGCGUCUGCCGAGGCUGCCGGAGCGCCAAGAAAGAGGGUAAUCCAGUGGCCGUACAAACACCGCCCCCUGCGUACACAGCAUCUAAAGGCGGGUCAUUUGGAGGCUUCCACGACGUACUCAAUGACACACCACCGCCUUACGGAUGCGCCAUGGACUCGACAACCAUGGUCGGUCACACCGUCGGAAGAGAUACUGCGUACUGCUCUCAAAGGGAGGAGCCACAUACACCAACACUAGGUGUUCCUUCGCAGCAAGAAGACCGGCCUCCCACAUACGACGCAGUCGUGUCGUGUAUUCGACAACCACCGACCCUCGUCGCUAUGCCUGGCUAAUGAAUUUCGCAAAACGUUAGCGCCACUUGCUUUGAUUUCGGAUCUUUAUAGUCGUCACGUUCACGGAGGUGUCCACCUAAGUACAGUAUGAGUAGCAUGCCGCAAUCUGUCCUUUUCACGAUUCUACAGUGCAUGUGCCCUCCGCUUAGCGGGAGGUCACAAAACGCCUCUUAAUCUCGGAGGCCUUCGUUCCGAUAAUACCUCUUGUCCCGACCCCUAAUGAAACCCUAACAAAGCGGCAGAGGGCAGCGCAGGAAAAUUGAAAAGGCGGAUUGCAUGGCACAGUGCUAGUGUUCAGUUGUUGAUUAUAUUCGGCGUCAUGCCAACUUUCAUUUCAAGAGAUCUUUAUGUACUGUGGUUUACUUGAGAACAAAGGUCAUUGAAGCGGCUAGAUUGGCGUCGUUUAAAUUGAUAACUAAAAGUUACCUUACGUCAUGAUUCGGGAUGUACGCUCGCAUUAGCUAACAGUAGAGCUCGAUUCGCUCAUGAAACUUGGUGUUUUGAGUCAGGUGGAUUCUUCGGCUUGGCACGUAAGUAUUAUUGAGCUAAGUGGAGUGUGGCAAAGUGGCACUUACUGACUGAUUACUAAUACAAUUAUAUAUACAGGGAGUGAAUGCCAACUUUCAUUUCAAGAGAUCUUUAUGUACUGUGGUUUACUUGAGAACAAAGGUCAUUGAAGCGGCUAGAUUGGCGUCGUUUAAAUUGAUAACUAAAAGUUACCUUACGUCAUGAUUCGGGAUGUACGCUCGCAUUAGCUAACAGUAGAGCUCGAUUCGCUCAUGAAACUUGGUGUUUUGAGUCAGGUGGAUUCUUCGGCUUGGCACGUAAGUAUUAUUGAGCUAAGUGGAGUGUGGCAAAGUGGCACUUACUGACUGAUUACUAAUACAAUUAUAUAUACAGGGAGUGAAGUGUGUACUUAUAAGACUUGUUAUGUGGAUACGUAUGAGCAUCUAUAUAAAGAAUUUACACCUCACGACAUAUGGUAAAGAAAUAUGUAACAAAAAAGUUUGCAGCCUGAAAGUAUCAACAAAUAGAUGUUUCACUGCCUAGAAACAAUUGAACAAAGAGAAAUAGCAUUAUAUUAUUAAAAAGAAGCGGCUGCAGCAAGCAAGAUACGCAUAUAAAUGCAGAAGAAACAAGAACAUGUGCACAUAAAGAAGAGUGUAAAGCAACAGGAAUAAGAACAUAAUUAAACGCUUAGAUUACACAGGAAAAUCUGGGAUUAACGUCGACCAUCCAAAUAAGGAAUAGGUUCAACAUGUGUCUGACGAAGUGAUUCCCAAAAUUAAAUGAAUAAGAAUUGAUGACUUUGUAUAUAUGUGAAUGCGGCAGGCACAGUGGAAGAAAAUGCAAGAUGAUGAGAAGACAGCUCUUAAACGUUUAAACUCUUUUAUCAUUACUUCAGUACAAUUUACACGUUCCUAUUUCUUCUCAUCCGUGGGACACACUCAGGUUACCAGUUUUGUGAAACUUGAAAGUGAUAUUUAGGAUUUGUAUUUCUUAUAUUGAUGCCCGCAGAUCAUGUGUAAUGUAACGUUCAAUGGAAGGUGUGAGUAAACAAGACGAAGUGGAA